GCCCAGCUCCCCCGCAGGCGGCGACGCCCCCAUUAAGCCCCGCCCCUCCAGCCCGCCGGCUCAGCCACACAAAGCGUCUCACCCCAUCCCUCUCCUCAACCUGCCCGCUCCUCGGCCCCCCAUCCUCCCCAACCCCCCGCCACAGAGACCCCUGCCUCAGGAUCGCCUGCACCGGGGUGGGUUUCGCAGAGGGAAGCGGCCCGGCCCCCGUUUCACAGGUGGUCCCUUCCAGAAGAGGCCUUUCCUGCCGCCGCGCUACUGAAGUGGUCCUGAAGCUGAAAGAGAAGCUCCGCCUCUAACAGAGCAGUGUGUGUUAGCCCUGCUGGUAUGAGCCCAGAUAUCUUCACUCUGCUGUUCAGCUGCAAUUAAACCACUUUUCUUUUGUUUUUUA